UAUACAAAUCUCAUCCAGUAUUGUAAGAUGAUGAAUCGGAGGGCUUUCCAACGCUAAAUAAAACACUUUCUUAUGUAGCAUUUUUUCCUUGUGAUUUUUGAUGCUAAUGGAAUGGGUUCCUUAUCGGUGCCAUGGAAGCAACUCCUCUUGACUGCACUCGAAACCAACGCUCACCUCAAAUACUCUUCCUUUUUCCAGCUCGUAAUCUCUCUCUCUGCUACAGUCCGCCCAAAUGGUAAACCUGCUAAUCGCACUGUAGUUUUCAGAGGAUUUCAAGAAGGCUCAGAUAAAAUCCAAAUCAACACUGAUUCUCGAAGCCACAAGAUUGAAGAUAUCAAACACUGUCCUUUUGGUGAGAUUUGCUGGUAUUUUACUGAUUCUUGGGAGCAGUUUCGAAUCGAGGGAAGAAUUGAUAUUAUUGAUGGCUUGAACUCUGAGCUAGAAAAGCUUCAAAAUUACCAUGCAAAAAGGCUUAAGAGGCCGUCUCACCUGAGUUUGGGCGAGACUCGCCCGCUUCGAGAGAAAGCUUGGUUUUCUAGCUCCUUAAAAUCAAGAUUACAGUACCUUGCUUCCACUCCUGGCCUUCCAUGUAUAGAUGAAGAACUGUAUAAGGAUUGUACUUUGGAGCCAUCUGCUGGCCCUGUCGAUGCUUUUUGCCUUCUGAUAUUGGAACCGGAACAGUAUGCAACAUGACCGUAUACCUUUCGUACAAAAAGGAUAAAAUCAUCCCCAGCCUUCAGUUGUGAAAAUUUGGUCGCUAAGGGUGUGUGACAGGCCAUGCUCAAAGUCUGAGAAAUUUGCCCCAAGACUCUAUGCUGGGAGAAAUAGCACUUUCCGGCAGUCAAUUUUCCAUCUCACAACUUAGGGUUUUGUCACCUUCGUGUAUGAAAGGUAACGGUCUCGUUGCAUACAAUCCCUCUAUGUGGACAAAGUACAACAGAGAUACACGUACAAGAUGUUGCACAUUAGCAGAUUUAAUACCACCACAUUCUUUUUUGGUCCUAGAUUUUACUUGUGAAAUUCUGUAUAUACUAAAUGGUAUGCAUUGUUAUGCCGCAAAAGAUUUGGAACGUUUGUAGUUUCUACAGUUGUAUAUGCUCAGUGUACCUAGUUACUUAAACAUACACCUCAGAGUAGCAGAUAUUUUCGUCCAUCAGACCAGUUUUUCUAUCAGUGUGGGAACUAGUCAAAACUUUUCAACAACAUUUCUUGAGCAUUUGUGUGUGUGUGUGUGUGUGUGUGUGUGUGUGUGUGUGUGUGUGUGUGUGUUAUACUAUUAUUUAUAUUUGUGUUUGGACAGCUCUACCUAAGGGUGCAAAUUGAGUCAUUCAGACUAGGUGGGGUCCCUCAAUCAACCCAGAUCCAGCCCAGGUCUAGCUGGGUCGACCUAACCUGGAGUGUAGAUAAUGUAAAAUAAUAUAAUUCUGACCUGCACCCAAUUUGAGUCCAUGUUCGAUGGACCUAGUCUCGGUUAGAUCUGUCCAGGUCUAGUGAGGACCCUUUUGGGUCGGGUCAACCCGACCUGGACCCAACCUGUUUCCAGCCCGAGCUUUUUUUAACUUUUUAAUUUGUAUAUAUUUGGCUUUCUAUGCUUGUCCUUUUGACAUCUGAGAAGAAUGCAUGUACUUAAUUUUGAUUAGUUUGCCUCAUAUGCUAAAAAUUCCUUUAUUGUAUUUCAUUUUUCUGUUGCCCCCCCCCUGAAGAGCUGUAUUU